CCUCACUUUCCCCUUCCCAUUCCAUCUCUCAAUUGGAAAAUCGUUUCCUCUCAUUCCUCACUCGUAGCGAUUCCGUCACAAGCCCUCCAGAGCCAUACGCGCUAUAGCGCUGUUCGCGCUAAGAGCACAAGUAUGGAUUCGCUCGACCAUAACAUCCUCGUCGACAUUCUCACUCGCGCGCGCCUCGAGCCGUUAGAUCUCUGCCGUCUAUCGACGCUCGGCCGCAAAUGGCGGGCGGCGUGUCGCGCUCCGCCGCUCUGGCGCCGCGUGCGCGCGGACGGCGAGGCCGGCGGGAAUCUCUACGGCGCGGGAUUGGAGCAGAUCGCGGGGCGAUGCGGGGAAACCAGGGAGAUUGCCCUCAGUCACGUGCACAUACUGGAGCGCCCCAACCCCUGGCUGCACCACGGGCUGGAGCUGCUGCUGGAAGGCACAGGGGGCGGGCUCAGGCGACUCAGCCUCGAAUUUGAGUGGCAGGUGCCUUUCACAGACCGCCUGCUGGGGGCGGUGGGGCGGCUGUGCCCUGACUUGGAGGAAUUCACGCUGAUCGCUGCAGACUACCUCGUCACAGAGACUGCUGUGGCAGCCUUCCUCCGAGCCUGUCCCAAGGUGCACAGCUUCCACUGCUACGUGCGGUCAGCCAUCCCCAUCCACAGCCUGGGGGACAACCUCCUGUGGCAGGUGAACCGCAAGUGGCCGCACCUGCAGUCUCUGGCCAUCAACGGCAACCACAUCUCGGAGAACGGCGUGUUUGCCCUCGCCUCUUGCGCCCAUCUGCACUCCCUCGCCCUCCAUGGCUACCAGAGAGGCAUAUUUGAGAGAGCCAAAACCACAGCAGAUGGCGACACCGUCAUCUUCCCGGUUCUCUCCUCCCUCUCCUUCUCCUACAACCUCCCCUCCACGGCCGAGCUUCGCCGAAUCCUCCGCAUGUGUCCCUCGCUCGCCUCCCUUGCGCUGCACCCCUCCCCCCCUCCUCCUGAAGCCACCCCCGGCAGCCCCAGCAGUGGGCUUGUGAGGGGCAGCAGAGGCAUGCAGGAUGCUGUGAAUCUGCAGGGGGUGGUGGAGCAGGAGUGUAAGGGGGCAGUGAGUGUGAUUAUAGAGGAAGCGCCUGCUAAGAAGACUAGUUAUGACUUGACUGCUGUGGCACAUAGCUUGGGGAUCAAGGAUUUGACCAAGUACUGAUGGGUGUUACCAGUCUGCCAUCUGCUGAGAGUGUCAGAUUGUUGAAGUUAGAUCAAUAAUUAAUGAAGCAACUGAUUUAUUGUUGCUCAUUGGUUAGUUGAUCAGUGAAACAGAGAGUUCAAAGAAUAAACUUUUAACUCAAUG